AUGAAGCGUCGUCGCAGGACACGGGCCCUCAGCUUCGUACGGCGGCAUACAGACAUUGCGGACGAGUUGCAGACUGGCGUUGACAUUGAGCAGAGGAUAGGCGUACUAGCAAAGUCAAACGAUCGGCUCCUGCAGCAUGUCGAGGACUCCGCGCGUGUGGGAGAUGUCCUCAUCAGGGAGACCAAGGGCAUCCGGAUUGGUGUAUUGGAUUUGGCUCAGCGCCUCAACGCCAGCACGACGUUUGACGGUAGAUUCCGGCUCUUUGCACAAGAAAACCUUGAGCUGGUAGAACCCAUUCGCGAUGCGGAAUCGCUUCCCGCUGUCACGAGGCAAGCAGGUGAACAUACACUCAGCUACGUAGAGACACAUAAGCACGCCGGACGCGUCGUCCGCUUCCGCGCAAUCGCGAAAGCAUCCGGAGAGCUGUCCGACACCCAGGUCGUCGUUCAUGCAUACUCCCAUCGCGACCAGGGUCGGUUCAUGGAGGCCGUCAAAUCGGCCAAGCAGGUUUGUCAUCCGUAUAUAUUGGCGAUGCUGGGAUACUCCCGUCCCGGACGCCCAGACGAGGCAUCAUAUAUUGUGAUGGAAGAUUACUGUCUAUUCGAGGAAUACAUCAGCUCUUUCCACGGAACGCGCAAACUGCGCGCAAUCUUAAAGAUGACGGUGGAGAUGUGCAUGGCUGUCGACCACUUGGAAACAUUAGAGCUGCGUCAGUUGUUUCCAAAGGAGUUUUGGAUUUCCACCACACAGCACCCAUUUGGAUUCGGUGAACUUGUGUUUGAUCGCCGCCAUGGGGGCCGCGUCAAAUGGGCUCGGGGUCCCCUCUCCCUUGGUAAAGCGAUCGAUCGCGAUGCAUACGUCCCCGCAACACAGGCAGAGAGGGCUCGUCUGCUGAACGCUCUCUGGCCCGUCAUGUCUGAGGACGCUGGCACAGGCGCGGUGGUGCACUGCUGGUUCUCCGAAAUGGGAACGAGCUUUCGGGCAGUGAAUCCCUUGAUUUCAGGACGUAGCAUGCGCCGCCGUUCUUGGGAAGUCAAUGCAGAUCCGAAUCAUCCCCGGGUGGCACUUGGAGAGUGGUUGGGAAGCGCUCGCAACGACGAUACAUGGUCCGCGUUGUCCGAACGAAAUGCCAGCUUGCGCGUCGAGGCCGUAACCUCCUUCGAAAGGGUGCCGCUUGUGGUUUCCCGGCCAGACUCCCCCUCGGAGGCUCCCGCAGAACCAUCCCAGCACAAUCGCGACCACGCUGAGGGCGAAGAUCAUCUCAGCACAAAGCUGUGGGAAGCUAAAGAGCUCGACAUUCCCGAAUCAGACUGCGGCGAGAUGUGCAUCGACGUCGUGAUGGGCGCAGACGGGACGAGGUGGAAGAGGUAUCAGUUCUCUUGCGUGCCCGUGGACACGACCCUUCUCUUUCGACAAAGUGUCAACAUCGCAAACCGCGGAGACGCCAUCUCGAGAACGGCCCCCUCAGCACUAGGCAUAACCGAUGCGGUAGGAUACAAAAGCAUAGGCAUAGCUCAGCAAUUCGUCUACUUCACAGAAACAAUCGCCAAGAUGGACACGCAUGCCGCAGCGCAGGCGCCUCUGCCGCUUUGGUUCUUCAUGCUGCAAUUCGACGCCGAUAACAGCCUGCGGGGUGCCGCUCGGGACUGCAAUGCCCCGUGGGCCUUUUGGUCGUCGGAGAAGCACCCCACAGCCGUUCCGGCGGGCAUCAGAUUCGACCCGACACCGCGCUCCGAGCACGUCGAGGGGAAUUGCACGGUCCCAUGGUCCACCUGGACUCAGGAGCUUGGGUGUUUCUCCUUCGUUAUCCAGAGCAAAAUGUGCACCGCGGUUCUGAACUUUGGUGCGGAUGAGCUAUUGGCUCUUAGGGAGCUCCAGGGGAAUCGUCACUGCGCUAAUCACACUGAGCGCAUGAACGGCUCCUCAAACGACGGCGACGAUAUCCCAGCCCAUGUGUUCUCCGAGUUGGCGAGUUCGCAAUCCCCGGACGGGACAGAAUCGGAGUGCGAAGGCGAAGAAUACUAUAGCGCGGAUGAAGAUGAGGACGUACGAUGCGGAGCCUAG